AUGACCACCAUCCACAAGAUCGAUUUGGGCAUCACUCCUGAGGAGAGCUUUUCUCUGGCCAAUAAGGGAAUCAAGUUCGACUCUUUGAAGGACAUCCAGCCUUAUUUGGAAGAAUUAUCCUCCAAAAAAGACCUUAAAUUGAUCGAUAUCUCUGGAAACACCAUUUCGCCAGAGUGCUCCAAAUACCUCGCUGCUGAGAUCAAAAAGUUUUCUUCGACACUGCUCCAUCUCAACUUGCAAGAUAUCUACACUUCUCGUGACAAGAAUGAGAUCCCAGCCUCUUUGAAGGAAUUCUUUCCAGUUAUUUUGGAAUGCUCCUCCUUGAAAGUGCUAAAUCUCAGCGACAAUGCCUUAGGUCAGGACACCAUUGACAUUCUUGAAGAGUUCUUAUCCUCUGCGAAAUCUGUGGAACACCUUAUUUUGACCAACAACGGUUUGGGACCUUUCUCUGGUGCGAGAGUCGGAAAAGCACUUUACAGAUUGGCCAAGUUGAAGGAGAAGGAAAAUGCGCCUUCUCUCAAAACUUUCUGGUGUGGCCGUAACAGACUCGAAAACGGCUCGGUUGACUAUCUUGCGAUUGGUUUCAAAGCAAAUUCCGAUUUACAAGAGAUCAGACUAUAUCAAAAUGGUAUUAGACCGCAAGGUAUUGCAAAAUUAAUUAAUCAGGGCUUAGCACAUCUAAAUAAUCUCAAGGUUCUUGACUUGCAAGACAACACAUUCACUGUUCCGGGAUCUUUGGCUUUAGCAUCUGCCUUACCAAAGUGGCCUGAAUUGACCGAGUUGAAUGUCAACGAUUGUCUUCUGAAGAGUGCAGGGUGUUUGAAAGUCAUCCAAGGAUUGGCAGACCUAAAAGACUCUAAACUUGAAACUCUUAAGCUACAGUACAACGAGCUUGAGUCCGAUUCCUUAGAAGUGCUGGCCAGGGUCGUUCCAUCUUUGAGCGCGUUAAAGUUGUUAGAGUUGAACGGUAAUCGCUUUGAGGAAGAUUCUGAGCUGAUCGAAAAAAUCACCGAGACGUUUGAGAACAGAGGAUUGGGCGAGUUGGAUGAACUGGAUGAUUUGGAAGAGCCGGAUUCCGAUGAAGAAGAAGACGAGGAUGAGGAUGAAGAGGAAGAGGUCCAGGAGGAUACUGAUUUAUCGAAAUUGGAGGCAGAGUUGGCAUCCACUCACAUUUAA